AUGCUGAUGCAUAGGAAAGAUACACUGACUUUUGGUUUCUUGUUAAUUAUUCUAAUUAUUAUUCUGCCCCCUCUAACAGUUAAAUUUCUGGAUUGUGCAACGAAAUGUUAUGUUGGGAGAAAUUUCGAAUAUAUAAGUAGAUCCUGUCAAGGUGGUGGCAGUAGCUCGAAGGAUUUUGUAUGUCAGAAGUUCAUUUGUGAAGGUGGAAAAUCUCCAUUCAUAUUACGAACAUGUGCGAACAAGAGAUUCGGAUGUUUAGCAGGUCCAGCAACUUGUCGCUUCAGUGGCGGUACUGGUUCCUGUGCUCGAUGUACUACGAAUAAUUGUAAUUUGUGA